AUGAUCUCACCCAUACUUCACAGGCAGCUCCUGAGACGUGCUACACAGUCCAGAUGCUUCUGUUCAAGCCCAAUUCUUGCUGCCCAAGAGGUAAAGCGCCUCGGCGUCAUUGGAGCUGGACAGAUGGGCCUGGGGAUAGCAUUGGUAGCCGCGCAGAAGGCCGGCCUACCAGUAACUCUAGUUGAUACGAACCAGGCUUCAAUCGAUAAAGGUCUUAAAUUCGCCGACAAAUUGUUAGCCAAAGAUGUCUCGAAAGAGCGUAUCACACAAGAGCAGUCCGACAAGACACGAUCCCUCCUCCGUCCCACCACAUCCAUGGAUUCCCUUGCGGAUGUAGACUUCGUAAUUGAAGCUGUCCCCGAAAUUCCCUCCCUUAAAUUUUCUAUAUUCGAAGCCCUGGCGCAGAUAUGCCCUCCCCAUGCCAUCCUAGCUACAAACACCUCCUCUAUUUCCAUCACUAGAAUAGCAGCAUCGACGACAAAGGACCCAACGGACACAUCAGCUUCAUCACGUGUGAUUUCAACGCACUUCAUGAACCCGGUGCCAAUUCAAAAGGGCGUUGAAAUCAUCACUGGUUUACAAACAAGUCAAGAGACAAUUAAUACCGCGAUAGCUUUCUGCAAGGCUAUAGGCAAAAUUCCAUCACAAUCUGCGGAUUCGCCAGGAUUUCUUGCAAACCGAAUCCUGAUGCCAUAUAUCAAUGAGGCAAUCAUCUGUCUGGAAACUGGUGUUGGACGCAGGGAUGACAUUGAUGCCAUCAUGAAGAACGGCACAAAUGUACCUAUGGGUCCUUUACAAUUAGCGGACUUUAUCGGAAUCGACACUUGCCUGGCUAUUAUGAAGGUAUUAUACGAGGAAACUGGAGACUCAAAAUACAGACCUAGCGUACUUCUGAGGAAAAUGGUCGAUGCAGGCUGGUUGGGGAAAAAGAGUGGAAAGGGAUUCUACGACUAUUAG